UAAGAAAAACGGAGCCAAAAGCGCAGAGUGAUAAAACGAAGAAAAUAUAAAUUUGAGUUUAAAUUUCGAGAAUUCAAAAAUUAUUUGAAUUUUUCGGCCCACGAAAGGCCUCGCACGGUCCCGAUUGUGGUUCGGUUGUACAGUAGAGGUGGUACCAGGUCCGGUUCGAGUGGGUGAGCCCAGUUCUGGCUUCCGGUUUUGCGGGAAAAUCGACAAACGACUUCGGCUGUCCGACGGGUUGGAGUUUCAAUUUCCAGUUGCACUUCGGGCGGUGUAUGCUUUGAAAAAUCGAAAAAUCAGUGCACCACCUUUUUGAUACUGUUGAGAAGUAGAUUUUUUUCGCGCAUUAGUUUUGACUUAAGUGAACAGUUUUUUUUCUUUAACUUAAUAUUUUUACGUUUCGAGUUUUUGAAUCCAUAGAAGUAAGAGAUAAAAGUUUAAAAUGGAAGUUGAUGAAAGUUAUCAAUAUGAGGAUGCAGCUAGUAUCGAUGAUUUCGAUAUAGAUGCGCUAGAUGAAGGGAAUUUCGCUGCUGGUUCCGAUGAUUUGGUGGAUUAUUCCGACGGAGAGGAUGCAGAUUUAUUUAGCUACAUUAAAGCAGAGGACUCACAGAUCAGCGGGUUCCCGCAAGCUGUGGUGUCAAGUCCGAAUAUAACUGUUCGUCGAGUAGUUAGCGGUCAAUCGGUCAGUAGCACUCAGGCACACAGAGUCGUAUCUAAAGGUCCAAAUCUUAUACGCUCAACUAACGCGGCAGGAAAAGUAGUUCUCAUACAAAAAUCAUCGGCUGCGACGACUUCUGCCCCGGUAAAACUGUUAAAUAGUACGAAAACAAGUACCACUCCUGGAGCAACCACUUCGUAUCACUUGGUAAAAAGUGAGGAUGGCGCAGUAAUGAUGAGACCGAAAGUGACAGCAACUCAACCACAGAUGAUUCGUCGUAUCAUAUCGACAUCCGAAGGCCAACCAAAAUCGAAAAUAACCGCUCCGACCCACGUGGUCAUUCAAACUAAAUCGGCAAGCAGUGGUACCACAACCAAAACUGUAACCGUCGCAGAAGCUCAUCAGAUGGGCCUUCUAAAAAAUAAAGCCAAACCAGUUAUUGCUAGAACGAUACCGGCCAAUGCUGUUGUGCCCAAAUCUCCUAUCAAAAUAGUGAACCGCAAUAGUCCGACAACUGUUGUUCGGCUUAAACAAUCUCCGGUCGCCGAUGGUACGACGCAACAAGUACUCCUUAAAUCAACUGCCGCCAGCUCUACCAAACCUGGCAUUUCGUCCCACAAAAUGCUCAUUUCCUCGGGAUCACUCCAGACUAGCCAACAAUCGGGACAAAUCCAAGCGAUCAACAUACCCGGAAAGGGUAUUCAGUACGUACGAUUUCUGAAUAAAGCUCCAACCGUUACCAAAACAGUUAGUGGUGGCCCAAGUGGAAAAGUUAUGCCGGUUAAUGCGGCUGCCCCAUCGGGAUCGAAAAUCAUCGUUCAAAACAACAAAACAUACGUUGUUAGCAAUGGAUCUGUCACGGCAGUUCGGGCGGCCCCUUCUCAGCGCUUGGUUGGCCAACCUGUUGGCCAAACCGUGGUUCGAAAAACCGUAGCAGCAACUAGUGUUACCGGUGCAAUACGUAAGAACCCGGAAACCACCCGUUACAUAGCGGUGGUCAAAAAGGAAGAUGGAACAUCACCGGAAACGGUUACCACUCUAACGGCUUCCCAACUAAGUCAACUGAAGGGCACAACCGUUACAACUGGUAAUACCAAAACAAAAAUUCUCAUGAUCCCACCGGAUCAAAGCCGUAACAAACCCGCCGUGGAAGGAACAAGCUCGAACACUUCGUUACCCUCGAUCGCAUCCACGACGCGAGACUCUCUGAGCGGUAGCUCGGAGGAUGAGCUACGUCGAGGACCGGCCGUGGGGACCAUUUUCCCAGACGAGGCUUACAAGAAGCGACCCUGCAACUGUACCAAAUCGCAAUGUCUGAAGCUGUACUGUGAUUGCUUUGCCAAUGGGGAAUUCUGCUACAACUGUAACUGCCGGGACUGUUACAACAAUCUGGAAAACGAAGAAGAGCGGCAGAAAUCGAUUCGGCUUACCCUGGAACGGAAUCCUAGCGCGUUCAAGCCAAAGAUCGGUGCAAUAAGUGCCACGGACGAGAACCAACGGCAGCACACCAAAGGUUGCAACUGUAAACGGUCCGGUUGCCUAAAGAACUACUGCGAGUGUUACGAGGCCAAAAUUCCCUGCUCCGCCAACUGCAAGUGCAUCGGUUGUCGCAACACGGAACAGUACGCGAAAGAGUACAACGAUUACACCAGCUUGAACAGUAGCAUCGGUGGAAAUUUGUCGGGCGGUGCCAACAGUGGACUCGGGCUGACCGUCGAUUACGAUCCGGAAUCGGCCGACGAAAGCAUGGCCGAACUAUCAGCAGCUGGUGCGGUGGCUGGACCCAGUUCUGCGACAGCAACGAGCAUACAAGGCGGAACGGGCUUCAAAGUUGAACAGUUGGGUGCCACUAAGCGAUCGGCGCAAGAAUCCCCGGACCUAACGCAACUGCCACCCUCCAAACAACCGUACAACUUCAUGACCCCGGAUGUGAUCGAAGCGACGGUGCAGUGCAUGAUUGCGCAAGCCGACGAGUGCCAGAAGCGAGGUUGCAAUAUCCGAACGGCUGAAAGGAUGAUUCUCGAAGAGUUUGGACGCUGUCUAGUGGAAAUUAUCGAGUUUUCCACAAAAUCGGACAGCUAAAUUUAAUAUUCGGUUACAGAUCAGCUAUAAAAAUCGAUAACAAAAAUCGUGUGAAGACAUAUGGAAAAAAUAGCACAUUUUGUUUAGCUCCUAAUUGAUUGUAAAUUACAAUACGUACCAUAACAAAAUCGUAGUUUAGCCCAAAGGUAAGGUGCCACGAAAUCACUGUGGCACGAAAAUCUCACAAUCAAUCGUUAUUUAGCGAAAUUUGGUUUUAAGGCAACGACAACGUGCAUUAUCGGUAGCCACCCAAAUGAAGAAAUUUAUAUAUCAUAUUGAACAACUAUUGACUAUUUAUUGCGAGAAGCCAUUAUGGACCAUUUAACGCUUUUGUUUGUUUUAUUAUUAUUAUUAUUUUUAGAUAUAUUAGUUUAACACGAUGCUUAAGAAUGCUAGUCUAAAAAUAAACUUUAGUUGUCCCAUAAUGAGUAAUUGAUUCACAAUACCACCAAGCGUUGAUACGUCGAAUCAAUAAUGUGCUGAACUGGAAGACGCCGAACAAGUGUCGAGUUGUCAAUAAUUAUUUAACGAAUAAAUUAUGGAACCAAUAUAAUAUUAUUUUUUCUUCUCAGCUGCUUACUGUUAAAAGUCAGUAUAGAUCUUUAAACAAAUAAUGUACAAACAUUGAUAGCAAUAAGCUUACUGUACUUGCAAGGUUUACAAGUGAUUAUUAAUAUUUCCUAAACUAGAGAGAGAUGUGAACUAAACAAAUAUAUUGAAUUAAGAAGCGAAAUUUACUGUAAUAAAAUAAAAA